AUGGCAGCCGCUACCGAGUGGAACAAGUUGCUUGCAGACGCGUUGGUUCCGGACCCUGUGGUGUCCGGUUUGAAGUCGCUGGGAUACGACAGCAAGGCGUCAUUCAAUUUUGAGUCGGAGGAGGUCUUCAAGGCAUUCGGUAAGCAUGCCUUGGUAACAAAGAAGCUUGUGGCCGGCGUGUCUGAGAGCGACUGGACAUUCCAUCCACUGCUGGGGAAGCUGCGGCAGGUUUGGCAAGCGUGCCGGCCGGCUCAGGUUGCUCCAGCGGUCACAGCAUUGGCGUUGCCCCAGCCGGGGCAACCUGGCGUGUUGGCAGCCCUGGGUGCAUCGGGUUCGCCGGCCAAACUCACCGUGGCUCAUCGGGACAAGAUGAGACGCGAUCUGGAGGCCAAGUACACAGGGCUGUAUGUUACAGAAGCCUCACUCCCAUCCAUGUCACUGCUGCAGCUCGUGCAGAAUCAGUGCACCCAGAAGGCUUGGGAAUGGCUGCCGUGGAAGAAGCUGCUCAGCGAGAAAGCAGCUCUGGAGUUGCACUCACGUCGUCCACGCUCAGCCAAAGAGGAUGCCUUCGAGCAGCUGCUUCUGACUGCUGGAGGAGGAUUCGAUGAGGAGUGGGACAUGGACCUGUCGCCGUCACCGUUCCGUUUGCAGCAAAUGUUGACCGUGCGCGGGCAUGCGUACGCCAUGUCGGGGGCUGGGCAUCUGGGAUCGUGGUCGUUGUAUGUGGCACGCUUCAUGGAGUUCUAUGCAGCUCCGGCAGGGGAGCAUUUUCGGGCCCCUAACUUGUCGGAGGCCGAGGAGGCUGACCAGCAGGCCAUUCGAGAGAUCUUUUCGUUAUGCUUCAGUGGCGCUACUCUUGACGACGCAAUCACCAGCGUCGUGGUUGACCGGGAUAUGUUGAGACACCUUUUAGUUGCGCGUCCCAAAAUGCCCAAAGCGGUCAAGACCCCUGGUAAAGAAGAGUCCACUCCACUGAAGAGACGUCUGGCCCCGUUCGGCAAAGAUGCGAGGCAGCAGACCACCAAAAAGCCCCGUUCUGGAGAGUGCUUUGACUGGAUGGACGGAAAGUGCCGAGACCCGAAUUGCCGCUGGAAACAUGAGUGCGCCAGAUGCGGAGAUCGCCGCCAUGAUUCGCGGAGCUGCACCAAGGACUUUCCGGCCUUGUCCGUGGUUCCUGAGAGCGGGGACCGCCGUCUCAAAGAUGGUUGUGGAAUACAGUCUACAGGGGAUUGGGCACAUCCUCGGGCAGAAGACUGUUUACAGGAAGUGCACGUGCAAUGGCUGAAAUAUAUCAAAGAGUGGCGGCUGCCGGAGCGUCUGUGUGAGCAUGUCUCUUCGCGUUCUUCGGAUCCUUUGCUAAGUGAUGGUGAGAUUGAGGUUCUUCGAGAGGGACUGGUGUCUUACUUGAGAAGCAGAGGGUUCCGUUGCUCGUCUCACGUGGAGCCUGGGCAGCCGUUGACCUUGGAAAUUCUUCAUGCCCUCUUGCGUUUGUCAGGUGAUAUGGAUGGCGCCUUGCCGGAGUUGCUACGCGAUGGAGUGCCUACAGGAAUCGACGAGCCGAUUGCUCCGUCGGGUGUUUGGCGUGAAGUUGAUGUUCCAGAAGAAGUUGUUGGCGAGUUGCAUGUGUUUGAUUCGCCGUGGAAAUCGGGUCUCGAGGAUCCGGAGCUGCUCAUGCGCAUGGUGCAAGCCGACGUGGACAUGGGGUUUGCAGAGUGGCUCCCAGGCGGUCUUCCGCAGGACGGUGCGGACCCCCGCCUGAUAGGGGACAGCACUGUGUCGGGCGCCAAUGGACGUUGCCGCAUCUCCGAAAAGAUCGAACUUCCAUCGCUGGCAGAUGUCGUUGAUUUUGUGUCCCGUCAUGACGAUGAAGCUUGGGUCGGGUUCAUUCUGGACGUUAGCAAGGCUCACAAACGGGUCCUAGUGGCACAGGGUGAGCGCGGCUACAGCUUGUUUACAGUCGUGGACGAGGAUGGCCAGACGCACUGGCUG